AUGGAAUGACCAUAUUACCCUCGACCUCUCGAGGCGUCGACCCACCCCGAGUCCCCCACCCACCCUCCGCCACCGUUUUCCCCUCCCCAUCUCGCCCGCCGUCCUCCUCCUCCUCGAUCUCCUCGCGCCCGCACCUCUCCCCGGCGCUUCACCAAGGGUUUAGGACCGGCGGCGAUGGCGGCGAGGCUGGCGCAGCUGCGCGCGCAGGCGGCGCGUGCGGCGGAGCUCGCCUCGAAGCACGGCGGCUCCUACUACAAGGAGCUCAUGGAGAAGAACAAGCAGUACGUCGUGCAGCCCCCCACCGUCGAGAAGUGCCAGGAGCUCUCCAAGCAGCUCUUCUACACCCGCCUCGCAAGUCUACCAGGCCGCUAUGAAGCAUUCUGGAAGGAGCUUGAUGGUGUCAAGCAGGUAUGGAAGAACAGGAAGGAUCUCAAGGUCGAGGACCUCGGGAUUGCGACUUUAUUUGGAGUUGAGCUUUAUGCAUGGUUCUGCGUAGGCGAGAUUGUUGGCAGAGGGUUCACCAUAACCGGCUAUAAGGUCUAAUGAUUUCCCUGGUUAAGACCUGCUUUAUGAUCUAUACUUCUAGCUGAUGCUUGUCGAAACGACGAUGAUACCUGCCUUCUUUCACAAUUUUGUUUCUUAAAAAGAGUUUCUCUAGUGCUGAAUGUCAGCAAGGACGGGCACAUCGUUGCAACAUUGCCUCAAUAAUUUGCUCGCUCGAUUGUCCAUUUUGGUGCUCUUGUAAUUCUUUGUCAAUUGCAUCUGCUGCAGUACCUUGCAAGCUGAGCCAUUUGUGUCUUUCUUUCUGCCCUCAAAUGAAUUCCUUUUUCCUUGCACAUGAAUGUUAACUCGAUUAUUCA